UGUCGGCCAGGCUGUAGCGGAGAGGGCGGGACGCUGAAGCCUGAAGGAGACUCGCCGGCCUUCGUUUCUGCAAACGCGGCGGACCAGAAGGCGAAGGGCCGGAGGUGGGGUGAGCGGCAGCGACGAGGACCACCCUACACUCCAUGCGCAGGAUGCUGGCCGCGCUCUCCCGCCUGUUUCAGGGCCCGGCUGCCCACAGACCGGGAGCUGUUAGUGAGGUUGCCCGUGUGGUUGUCACCUCUCGUAAUUAUGCAGACUUUGCAAAUGAGGCGACAUUUGAUAUUAAGAAACAUGACAUUCAUCGCUUGGAGGAGGGUCCACCCACCACAGCUGUGAUGACACGAGAGCAGGGUCUGCAGUACUACAAGACUAUGCAGACUAUUCGGCGCAUGGAAUUGAAAGCAGACCAGUUAUAUAAACAGAAAAUUAUUCGAGGCUUCUGUCAUUUAUAUGAUGGCCAGGAAGCUUGCUGUGUUGGACUUGAGGCUGCCAUAAAUCGAACAGAUCACUUGAUCACUGCUUACCGGGCUCAUGGCUUUACAUACACUCGUGGUAUUUCAGUUCGAGAAAUCCUUGCUGAGCUCACAGGUCGGGUAGGUGGAUGUGCUAAAGGCAAAGGAGGCUCAAUGCAUAUGUAUGCCAAAAACUUCUACGGUGGUAAUGGUAUUGUUGGCGCCCAGGUUCCUUUGGGAGCUGGUAUUGCUUUGGCGUGCAAGUACUUUGGCAGAGAUGAGAUCUGUCUGACGUUGUAUGGUGAUGGUGCUGCCAAUCAGGGCCAGAUAUUUGAAACAUUUAACAUGGCAGCCUUGUGGAAGUUGCCUUGCAUUUUUAUCUGUGAGAACAACAGAUAUGGAAUGGGUACUUCUGUAGAGAGAGCUGCAGCCAGUACAGACUACUAUAAAAGGGGAGACUUUAUUCCAGGACUUAGGGUUGAUGGCAUGGAUAUUCUUGCUGUAAGAGAAGCAACAAAGUUUGCUGCUGAUCACUGCAGAUCAGGAAAAGGUCCUAUUGUGAUGGAGCUACAAACAUAUCGUUACCAUGGACACAGUAUGAGUGAUCCUGGAGUCAGUUACCGAACAAGGGAAGAAAUUCAAGAAGUCAGAAGCAAAAGUGAUCCCAUUACUCUCCUGAAGGACAGAAUGGUGAACAACAACUUAGCUAGCGUGGAAGAGCUAAAGGAGAUCGAUGUAGAAGUAAGGAAAGAGAUUGAAGAUGCAGCGCAAUUUGCCACAACUGACCCUGAACCACCUCUGGAAGAACUAGGCAAUAAUAUCUAUUAUAAGGAGCCACCCUUUGAGGUGCGUGGCCCAAAUCAGUGGAUUAGGUACAAAUCUGUUGGCUAGGCAAGUUCUAGCUCCAGCAAGUAGUCAAAACUGAUGGAUUUUAUACUGGGGUUUAAUUCUUGCAUCUGUUCAUGCAGCAGCAAAAUAGACAUUGUAUUUGUGUGUGCAGGUGGGGGGAGGCAAUGCUAUAGCACGGUAUAAAAGACAGCUGCUCAAGAAAGAACUGAAUUAAGCAGUGUUUAUUAACUUAUAUAAAGCUUCAUGGUGUUCUGAAUUGCUGUAUUUAUGAAAAUUCUUCAGCUAAAAUUGCAUUAUGUACAGUAAAAAGGCAUAUUAAAACUUCCUGAGCAAAUACUUCUCAUGGAUUUUAUGUGUCUUCUCUCCUCCCCCACCCCUCACAUGAUUCCCUAAAGAAAAAAAGCCUGCUUUCAGUAUGUCUGUUUUUAACCUUAACCUUUUAAGUAUAUUUUUGACCGAAUAUGUCAUUCUUUCUCCUUGCUUAGAAUCCUUGCACAUUUUAGGUGCUCUUGGGUUUUAUGCAAUGCCUUAUACAAUUAAGCACAAUAAUCAUUUAUAUUAAUCAGAAUGUAGUGAGAGCUGCCCAAACACAUUUUUAAAAAUGCAGCUGCUAUACCAAGAACUGCACCAUGUUUACAUUUAAAUAUGAGUGCUUAAAGUGCAUAGCUACAUUUUAGAUGUAGCUAUGGCUAAAGCAAGCAUUUUUUCAGCUACUAUAUAGUUUACAUAUCUGGAAAAAAUACAUGAUUAAAAUCAGUGUAUACUUUAGUAUGUUUAAAUAUUAUUGUACAAAAAUGGCUAAAUUCCAAAAGAAAAUUCACAAAACAUGCUAUUUAUGAAAGCAUUGUGGUCCUUCUAUUCUUUAAUAUAACACUUCCAAAGAAAGCCUGUUUAAUGUGUCUUUUGUGCAAAACUUGCAGGACCAGUAUACAGACAGUAUGUACAAAAAUUAAUAACUUAGUUGGAAUGUAAUAUCCUUUUUCCCCUCAACCAAUCAGCACCUAGCAGAAUUGAAGUCCUAACCUUCCAUUUCCACGAGUGCGGUGUUGAGUUUUCUGUGUUUUAAUACUGCAUUCCAAAUUCGGCAGAGAAGACCACCACUGUACGAAGGAAGAAAAAAAAAUAGUUUCAAAUCUCUAUUGGAAAGCAGCUACUUCUUGAAUUGUGCAAUUCUUUUCUUACCGGAGUCUAAGGAAUCGCAAGUCAUCUUUACUAAUGUUGUUUAGAAUAUCACUAAGUGUAUAAUCCUCUUGAACAAACUGAAAGAUAAAACAUUUCAAUGUGUUUAAUACUAGAUAAUGACAGUUGAUUAAAGAGAUGAGUAAAUCUCAAAUUUUAUCUUACCCUA